AUGAAGUACUGCAACUUUUGCGCGAAGCUCACCGUCGAGCUGCUUAGCUGCCGAGAUGCAAAGUUCCACCCAAAUCUCAAGUCUCUCAAGGAAAGCGCCGAAUCAGGUUGUGCCUUUUGUGGUGUCUGCUGGGCCAGCGUUCAGGCAAAUCGCAUCCCACCUAAGUACAUCACUGAGCUCCUCAAUGGUGAAAGACCGAGCACCUGUUAUGAAAACGAAAGGAACAAGCCAUGGUAUCCGAGCAUUUGGCUUUGUGUUGAGAUCAUACCUAAAGGGCUGGGGCCUCACUGCGGUACUGAAUCUCGUGUUUCGAUGACUUGCGGGCGAGGAUGGUCAUCAGGCGCUUGCUGGCAAGUCUAUCUGUUUACGCAUGAGUUCGCUGACUUCAAAAUCCGUUUUCGUCGGAAAUCGGAAAUUGGGAAGCGUCGACUGACAUCCAGAAGAUUCGCCGGAUCUGCCGCUGCGCUGAUGUAUCCUGGAUGGUGCAUCGCCGCGGAUCCCGACACUAGCCUUCAGGUGUCGUUCAUUCGCUCCCGCCUUCAAGAGUAUUGUGCGAAUAAUAAGAGUUGCGCAGGCCCAGCAUCCUUGCAGAUGCCCACACGGGUCGUCGAUGUAGGAGGGAACACGCGUCCUAGACUUCUUUUCACUGGAUAUAUGCGCGAGCCGUACAUGGCGCUUUCCUACUGCUGGGGCCCGUCAAAAGAUACCCCUAGAUUGACCCACGAUAAUUUUGGGACACUUCUCAUCCAGAUUCCAGAGACUAUACUAGCGAAGACUCAUCAAGAAGCCAUUCAGUUAGCCCGCGUACUUGGCUUUCAGUAUCUCUGGAUUGAUGCCCUUUGCAUCAUACAGGGUGAUGCAGACGACUGGGCUUUCGAGUCGAGGCGGAUGGAACAGAUUGAUGGCAACGCGAACUUGACUCUCGUGGCCGCGCGUUCUGCAGAUUCUCGUCUAGGAUUCAGCAUACCAAAGACAAAACAAGCACAGCAGCAUCGUCCACUGCCGCUCUCGUCUUCUAGUAGCGAAGUUUUAUACUCUUCGCCACACCGCCGACAAACGAAAGGGCUUAGUAGUACCCGUGGAUGGUGUUAUCAAGAAGAAGUCCUUUCUAAGCGCAUGAUCAUUUUUGCUGGGCACCAAAUUGCAUACUAUCGCCGUACUUGGAGCUCAUGGGAGUCUGGGGACUUCAGCUUGCCCCACCUGAAAGUCAGAAGGUGCAAACCAUUAGGGCUUUGGUAUACGAGGAUACAUGCGUACAUGCUGUGUAAGUUGUCCAACCCUCACGAGAUCUUCGCCGCCAUAGCAUCUAUCGCCAAGCUUGCUGGAGAAGGUCUAGAUUCCCAUUAUCUCGCAGGGCUCUGGGAAUGUGACAUUGCCAGAGGGUUUCUUUGGAAACUGAAGCGACAUAUAGCUUCCGGCUGCCGUCUCACUGUCAUACGUCCUAGCUCAACAAAGCACGCUCCAUCGCCGGUCAUACGAGCUCCAUCAUGGUCAUGGGCGUCUAUUGAAGGCCCAAGAAAGUUGCAAGCUUCUAGCAUCAACGAAGUCAUCAGGCUGAGACCAGGUGCUGAAAAUGACAGAUGGACAACAGAUGAGAGUUGUGAUGUGCAAGCGUUACACAUACCACACCGCGAGCUUUGCCUGAUUAGAAAAGUUGCUAAGGCUUUUGUUCUUCGCGUAUUAGUAAGAGAUUAUUUGUGCUACAAGGACAGCAAUUGGUCGUGA